AUGGUAGACAUUGGCUCCUCUCAAGUUCCAUUGUUUAGCAGCCAAGUAACUGAGCAGCCGAGUUUUCCUGGUGAUGAGCGCAAAGAACGGAGGAAGUGGUCUCAUGUGGAGGAUGUGGUGCUGAUAAGCGCUUGGCUGAAUACAUCUAAGGACCCUGUCAUCGGAAAUGAACAAAAAGUAUCUACUUUUUGGAAAAGAAUCACCAAUUACUUCAACUCUUCAAAAACGCUAGCAACUGAACAAGACAGAGAGUCUGGUCAGCUUAAGCAGAGGUGCCAGAGGAUUAACGACCUCACUUGUAAGUUUGUUGGGUGUUAUGAAACUGCCAUGAAGGAGCAAAGGAGUGGACAAAAUGAAGAUGACGUGAUGAAGGCAGCACAUAACAUCUUCUACAACGAUUACAUGUUCAAGUUCAACCUUGAACAUUGUUGGAGGGAACUGAGACACGACCAGAAGUGGUGCUCUGCUUCCACGGUUAAAGAUGGUGGCAGCCAAAAAAGAAGGAAGGCUGGUGGGACUUCGGUGCAUCCAUCAAGUUCAGAAACCCAAUCUGAUGGAGAAGAUGUUAGCAUGGCAAGGCCGCCUGGUGUGAAGGCCGCGAAGGCUGCAAAGAAGAAAGGGCUUGAUGCUGGCGGUGCUAAAGAGGAGGUUGCUAAAGAACGUGAGAAGAGCUUUAAAAACAUGUGGGAACUCAAGCAGAUUGACCUUGCCUUGAAAAAUGAGGUUGCUAGGACCAAAGUGCUAGAAACUCUACUCGCUAAACCUCCACCAUUGUCUGAGACUGAAGAAGCAGUCAAGAUGAAGCUGUUGAAUGAACUGUUGGGAUAA